GCGCCGGGGUCCAGCUUUCUUGUCCCGCCGGGUUUCCUCGUCGUCCCGAUGGGCGGUGGACAAAUUGUUUCUUUCCCCAGUGCCCGCCGCCUCGCUCGACAAGUCGUCGACUUCCCACCAGCGAGGAAAGAACUCAACCAGACGGAAUGAGUCUAGGCUUGACUUCUACCACUUGCUGAUGAGGCUGAACGCAAAAAACCAACCGUCGCAAUUUCAUUGUAGGGCUCCAGCUUACCGACUGGAGAGUCUCCUUCUUGCUUUUCAAACGCCAUUUUCUACUUGUGUCAUCUAAUAAUCCGGCCGGUCGAGCACCGUGACCUACAAUACCGCAACAUCACAUCGAUCUCUUACUGUCGACCAAUAAUCACUCUCAUCGAUUCGACUUACUCAGCCCAUCAGAUCUUUCACUAUUGAAGCUAUUCCGUCAUCAUUUUGUCUUCGAACAACAAAAAGGAGAAUCGCGCGUGGUGGUCCUGUCGGGUUGUCCGUGGAGCUGGAGCUAGCGCCAGACUUUCCCGUCCGCAGGUCUCUCGAUUGGGUCAGGCACAGCCUCGGUGCAGUGCUGUGGUGGAUUUGCGACAAACCACCGCCAAACAACAUCUCUUGCGAUUAACCUUGCAACUUGGAUCACAUCGACGACUUCUACGGUAGCUAGCAUUCCGGGCGCCCUCACAUUUCGGACUGCGGCGAAUCGCAUUGGAUCCCGAUUCUCUGGUUUACGAAAUCGACAGUCAGCCUUCCCAACAGCCCAGAUUGUCACUUGAGUACCGUUUUAUUCUAGAGGACAACGCCAAUAUGGCAGCGUCCCUGUCUGCGCGGGCCGUGCUCACCCCGCGCGGCAGCUCACUCUCUGGAGGAGCCAUCGCCGGGGCUGUGGUCGGCUCCUGCAUUGGGUUUUUCCUGAUUCUCCUAUGUCUGUUUCCUUUUGUUGUGCGUGCGUGGAGACGCCGGGCCGAGAAGCAUGGUGAUAUCGGCCAUGCGGAGAAGGGGCAGGCCCCCGGAGGCCCCAUUUUCCACAACAGCCCCGGGAGCACGCCCAAGCGGCUCUCCGGUGAAGGGGAAGGCUAUGCUCCGGACACCCCGCCGCCUGGCCUUGCAUCACCGGCCCCCUUCAUCCCGGGGGACGGUCACCACCCCGAUCAGAGGGCGGCCUCCCAUCAUCAGUCCCAACACACCCCUGCCCUCCCACGGGGCGUAGGUAUACAACAAGGGCUGCCGUCCUCCAUAUCGCCGCCCUUUCAACCACCUUCACCAACUACAUCAGCCACAGCGAGCUUUCAAAGAGACCAACCCGGCCCCGAUUCGACAAGGACAAGAGUGGCAUCGAUAGCGACCACUGAAGCCGAGAGCAACCGCGAUCUGAGCCUUGACGACUCCCACGGUUUGAGCCCUCCCACUCACCAAGUACCACCUGCCGUUUCACCUGGAGGCAUCACUGAGGAGCCGGAAACCUUUGAACGCCCCACUCAACGUCACUCCUUCCCUCAUCUCCCCGAGUCCAUCAGGAACUUCAUUUACAGGCGUCAGUCAGGUAACAGCCGGAGGGAUAGCAAGCGAUCAACCCUUGGAGGCACCGCUGGAACACGGUCGCCUUCGCUCCUUACCACGACCGACUACCCGGUUCCAACACAUCAACCUGAACCUGUCCCACCAGUCUUCGAGGUUGACACUGAGGCGCCAGGAGCUGCCUACGAAUACUAUCACGGUCACCCAUAUUUAAACAGCACCAGCCAACCUUAUCCCGACGACUCUUCUGCACCUCCACCACCGCAACCUACCACUCUGCCCACCACUCUCCUCCGUCAAGACACCCUUCUUGCCUCGUGGGAAAUCCAGCAAGGCAUCAACCGCACCGACAGUUUACCACCUACUACCAUUGUCUCUGACCUCCCAAGUCCUUGUGUGGAUCUGACUGUUGGGCCAACCGCCAGUCCUAUGGAAAUGAUGAGGCCUACCAACCAAGCCGAGAGCGCCUGGGCUGUAAACCAGGAGAUUAUCAAGUUGGAAAAUACCCCGCCCGCUCCUGCCGUCAGUGCCUUCUCCCCCCAGACUAUUCCGGCAGAGUUCGCCUACUCCCAGCAGAUGCAAAGCCCCCAGGAACAGUACGGCCCGGAGCCACAGUAUAGCGAGUAUACGCAUGUACCAGAGAUUCAGCAAAACGGCCAGGACUUUGAUCUUGACUCAGCUGCCUUGUACCCCAACGACGGCUUUGGUCUACAUGACAUGUCCGAUAUCUCUACUCCUCCACCAUUGUCCGAGUCCUCAAGGCAGAACACGCCCAGCACGCGGCUCACAUACUCGCCAUCGCCCAGGCCAGACUUUGAUCAGAACACCAACUUUGCGCCGCUCAUGGUUCCCAACUCCCCAGCCAACUUUUCUUCUUCUACCGGGGGCUUCUCAUCAAACCAGGGCAUGUCACCCGGCGCAUUGUCGGUCAAUGACUAUUCCUCGUCACAGGGAAUGUCACCAGGAGGAUUGUUGGUCAACGACUAUGGAGCCCAAGUGAUGUACCCCCAAGGCCUAUCUCUUUCGAGCAUCCCUCAGUCCGGCAUGUCCCCAACAACACCAUCAUCCAGCGGCGCUUCACCUAGAGUGUUUGCUUGCGACCAAUGCCACCGUGAAUUCGACCAAAUUCACAAGCUGAACCAUCACAAACGCUACCACGAACGCCCACACGAGUGUACCCACCCUGGCUGCACCAUGCGGUUCGGCACCAAGACCCAUCUGGACCGCCACAUUAACGACAAGCACAAGAAGACUCGCCAGUUCCACUGCACGGUGCCCGAGUGUCCCUGGUCAAGACAGGGUGGCCGCUCGUUCCCCAGGAAGGACAACUGGAGGAGGCACAUGAUCAACAAGCACCAAAUCACGCCUUUGCAAGAGCCGAUCGAGUAUAACGAUGUGGCCAUGGGCGACGCAUGAUGGCCGAUGGUCUAGUCUACGGUACUCGGUAGAAGGACGCAGUGUACGAUGGGUCUGCUUGGGUGGCAUGCUCUUGCUCUUGAUGAGCGAGCUGGGUUAAUGUGCUGAAGUGAUAGAAAACGCCAGGCAAGCGUUUGAUAAGGGGCCUUGAUGGUCCUUAUGAGUGCGCCAAAGAUGAUUAGGGGACUGUGAUACCCACCUUAGUUCGGGCAUUGGAUGCCUUUUUUCUUUUCUACCAGCAUUUUGGAUGAUGAUGAUGAAUGGCCUGGACAUUAGAUCUUGAGAAGUACAGACCUGCCUUAUUUGUCUUUUUCUUUUCAUUGUGGAAAGCGAGAAACGCCAUUCAUAGUAUAUAAUGCAUCUAUAUGGAGCGUGUGGCUUCAGCGUUUUGUCUUUAAUACGUUACGAAAAGCCAUUGGGCAUCAUCUAUAACCCAUACAACCAUGGACUUUGGUC